AUGGCGCAUCAAGCAGAUGCUACCCGCAUGCUCGAUGACCGCGGCUACACCGGCACCCUCAUCCGCGGUCAAAACCCUCUCCUGCUUUUCGAAAAAGCCGUCCGCGAUCGCAUAGUAGACUCAUACUACUGGAAAGAGCAAUGCUUCGGUCUCAACGCUGCCACCCUCUGCGAUCGUGCUGUCGACCUGAGUUUCAUCGGCGGCACUUACGGCGUCGGUCAAAAGCCCACUCCAUUUCUCUGUCUCGCUUUCAAACUCCUCCAACUCACGCCUGAGAAAGAAAUCGUAUUGCAUUAUUUGCAACAAGAAGAUUGGAAGUACUUGAGGGCUCUGGCGGCAUUCUAUAUUCGCUUGACUUGGGAACCUAAGGAUAUCUACGAGACGCUCGAGGCAUAUCUAAGUGAUUUCAGAAAGUUGAAGAGGAGGACGAGGGAUGCAUACACUUUGAGCUAUGUUGAUCAGUUCAUCGACGACUUACUCACAAAAGACCGUGUUUGCGCUACAUCGCUUUGGAAGAUGCCGAGCCGUACACAACUGGAGGAUCUCGAUGUGCUGGAACCGCGCGUCAGUCCUCUUGGCGACGAGAUCGAUGAGCUGGAUGCAGAAGAUGAAGACAUGAAGGAUGGAAGUGAUGGCGAGGUCGAAGAAGUCAGAAACGGUGAUUCGAGAUCAAGGAGCCGGAGCUAUGACAGCAGGAGCCGGAGUCGAAGUUACGAGAGAAGAAGAAGCAGGAGCAGAAGCUACGAACGCUACGACAGACGAAGCAGAAGCCGUAGUUACGAAAGAAGGAGAAGCUACAGUCGCGACCGCGACGAUCGGAGGAGAAGUCACAGCCGCGAGCUACCAGACAGGAGAAGGAGCCCACUAUCAAGAUCCAGGUCACGUUCGAGAGGUUGA